CCGGGGCUGGUGGCGAGAAGGCAGUCUCCCAAGGCUUUGUGGAUACUGGAGAGGAAAAGACUGGAGCCUCCGACCUUCCAGGGCAGUCUGCCUUACUGCCCAGGUGCCAGGGAAGCCCAGGACCCCGCCUGUCGGAGUCCCCAGUGUCCGGUCUGAGGAUGGCGGAGCAGCAGGGCCGGGGGCCCGAGUGCCCUGUCUGCUGGAGCCCCUUCAACAACACGUUCCACACCCCCAAAGUGCUGGCCUGCUGCCACUCCUUCUGCGUGGAGUGCCUGGCCCACCUCAGCCUGCUGACCCCGACGCGCCGCCGCUUGCUGUGCCCGCUCUGUCGCCACCCCACCGUGCUGGCCUCCGGGCAGCCUGUCACUGACUUGCCCACGGACACCGCCCUGCUCACCCUGCUCCGCCUGGAGCCCCACCACGUCAUCCUGGAAGGCCGCCAGCUCUGUCUCAAGGACCAGCCCAAGAGCCGCUACUUCCUGCGCCAGCCCCGGGUCUACACGCUGGACCUGGGCCCUGAGCCCGGGAGUCAGGCCGCGCGCCCCCAGGACGUGGGCCGCAGCACCAGGCCGGUGCCCAUCCCCAGCCACUACUCUCUGCGGGAGUGUUUCCGCAACCCGCACUUCCGGAUCUUUGCCUACAUGAUGGCGGUCGUCCUCUGCGGCACCGUGUUGUUCAUCUUCUCCAUCUUUUGCACCAGACGGUUCUUCUGGGGGCUGGGGUGA